GGAAGAGGGGGCGUGGAGCGCGGAGGGAGGGAAGGCCUGGCUUUCCCCGCCCAGGACGGAGGAGGCGGUGCCGCUUGUUUAUCGAGAGAGACCCCGAAGGAGGGAGAAGGGCGACGGCGGAGGAGGCAUGGCGGGUCGCCUGGGUCUAGGCCUUGGGCUCGGACUAGGCCUCCUCCUGGGAGUGCUUCUAGCGACCUGCAUGCCCGAGGCGCGAGCCCAGAACCCCGACCAGAUUUGCCCCAGUAUCAACAUCCGGAACAACGUCACCCUCUUUAGCCUCUUGGAGAACUGCACGGUGAUCGAGGGCCACCUUCAGAUCCUGCUCCUGUUCCACACCAAAGGCGAGGACUUCCGGGGACUCAGUUUCCCCCGCCUGACUGUCAUCACCGACUAUUUGCUCUUCUUCCGGGUUUAUGGCCUGGAGAGCCUCAAGACACUCUUCCCUAACCUGACCGUCAUCCGUGGGACGCACCUCUUCUUCAACUAUGCCCUGGUCCUCUUCGAGAUGCCUCACCUCAAGGAGAUAGGCCUCCACAGCCUCAUGAACAUCACCCGGGGUGCCGUGCGCAUCGAGAAGAACCCUGAGCUCUGCUACCUCUCCACCAUUGACUGGUCCCGUAUCUUAGACUCGGUGGAGGACAACUACAUUGUGGAGAACAAGGACGACAAGGAGGAGUGCGGGGACGUCUGCCCGGGCUUGGCCGAAGGGAAGAGCAACUGCCUGCCCACCAUGUUCAACGGCAUCUUCACCGCCCGCUGUUGGACCUAUGAGCAUUGCCAGAGAGUGUGUCCCAAUGAGUGCAAAACUCCUGGCUGCACCCCAGAGCAGCAGUGCUGCCACCCGCAAUGCCUGGGCAACUGCCUGGAACUGGAUGACCCGGAGAAGUGUGUGGCCUGCCGCAACUACGUGCUGAAUGGGAAGUGCAUUGAGACUUGCCCACCCAAGUUCCUUCGCUUCCGGGGCUGGCGCUGCGUGACCUUCGACUUCUGCCAGGGCCUCCACAACGCCUGCAAGGCUGCCCGCGAGUCCAACUGCCAUGUCAUCCACAAUGGGGAGUGUGUUCCUGGAUGCCCCUCUGGAUACACCAUGAACUCCACCAACUUGCUGUGCACCCCUUGUGCGGGGCCUUGCCCAAAGAUCUGCCACCUGGAGAAGGAAAAGAUCAUUGACUCAGUGACAGCUGCCCAGGAGUUUCGAGGCUGUACCGUUGUCAACGGGAGCCUGAUAAUCAACAUCCGGGGAGGAAGUAACAUUGGUGCGGAGCUGGAAGCCAAUCUGGGCUUGAUCGAAGAAAUCUCGGGCUACUUGAAAAUCCGCCGCUCCUACGCCUUGGUGUCGCUCUCCUUCUUUCGUAAACUCCAUCUCAUCCGAGGACGGGAUUUGGAAUCCGGAAACUACUCCUUCUACGCGCUGGACAACCAGAACCUGCGAAAGCUGUGGGACUGGAACAAGCACAACCUGACCAUCUCCCGGGGGAAGCUCUUCUUCCACUACAACCCCAAGCUCUGCCUCUCCGAGAUCCACAUGCUGGAGGAGAUCUCUGGGGCCAAAGGCCGGCAGGACAAAAACGACAUCGCCCUCAAGACCAACGGGGACCAGGCCUCCUGCGAGAACGAAGUGCUCAAGUUCUCCAUGAUCAAAACGUCCAGCGACAAGAUUGUGCUGAAGUGGGAGCCUUACUGGCCGCUGGACUUUCGUGACCUCCUGGGCUUCAUGCUCUUCUACAAGGAAGCGCCCUUCCGGAACGUGACUGAGUUUGAUGGGCAGGACGUCUGCGGCUCCAACAGCUGGACGGUGGUGGACAUCGAACCCCCACCACGGCCAACGGAUGGCAAGCAGCCCAUUCACCCGGGGUGGCUGCUGCGCAACCUGAAGCCCUGGACGCAGUACGCCAUUUUCGUCAAGACCCUGGUCACCUACUCGGACGAGCGCAGGAGCUACGGUGCCAAGAGUGACAUCAUCUACCUCCAGACCAACGCCUCUGUGCCUGCUGUCCCCACAGACCCCAUCUCUGUCUCCAACUCUUCGUCGCAGAUCAUUCUGAAAUGGAAGCCACCCUCCGACCCCAAUGGAAACAUCACCCACUAUUUGGUGUCCUGGGAGCAGCUGAGCGAAGACAAGGAGCUCUACGAACUGGACUACUGCCUGAAAGGCCUGAAGACUCCAUACCGGGCCUGGUCCCCUCCGCUGGAGUCAGAGGACGUCCACAAGCACAACCAGAGCGAGAGCGGUGAGGACCCAGGCGGUGCCUGCUGCUCCUGCCCCAAAACCGACUCCCAAAUCCAGAAGGAGAAGGAAGAGUCCGCCUUCCGGAAGAUCUUUGAGAACUACCUCCACGAUGAGGUCUUUGUCCCCCGGCCCACGCGGAGGCGAAGGGAUGUGGGCCGCAUAGCCAACAGCACCGUGGCUCCUCCAGCUGUCCUGGGCUUGGCCAAUGGCUCCACUGUCGCCCCUGAGGAGGCUCGCCCCUCCGUGACGGUAGUCCAGAAGGAGUCGGUGGUCAUCUCCAACCUUCGGCACUUCACAAGCUACUGGAUUGAAAUCCGGGCCUGCAACCGGGAGGCCCCAACUGAGUGUGGCGUCUCUGCCUACGUCAGCGCUCGGACCAUGCCGGAAGCGAAAGCAGACGACAUUGUCGGCCCUGUUACCCAUGAGGUGGUGGAGAAGAACACUAUUCACCUGCGAUGGCAGGAACCCAAGGAGCCCAACGGACUCAUCAUCCUCUACGAGGUGUACUUCGGCCGCCUUGGGGAUUCUCAGGAAAAGCCCGAAUGCGUGUCCCGGCGCCAGUUCUCCACAGAGCAAGGCUGCAAGCUGAAGGAUCUGCAACCCGGGAACUACAGCGUGCGCGUCCGGGCCACUUCUCUGGCCGGAAACGGCUCAUGGACUGAGCCCGUCUACGUCUUUGUCCCCGAUUAUUCCGAUGCUCCCACCAACCUGGUCAGCAUCAUCGUGCCAGUCAUUUUCUCCCUCAUCUUUAUCAUGCUUAUUGGAGGCACCUAUGUAUUCAUCAAAAAGAGGCAGACCGAAGGGCCGACGGGACCGCUCUACGCCUCCUCCAACCCCGAGUACCUCAGUGCCAGUGAUGUGUACGUCCCUGAUGAGUGGGAGGUUCCGCGGGAGAAGAUUGCCCUCCUGCAGGAGUUGGGCCAGGGCUCCUUUGGCAUGGUCUACGAGGGCAUUGCUCGCGACAUCGUCAAAGGUGAGCCCGAGAUCCGGGUGGCGGUCAAGACGGUCAACGAGUCAGCCAGCCUGCGGGAACGCAUCGAGUUCCUCAACGAGGCCUCCGUCAUGAAGGGCUUCAGCUGCCACCAUGUGGUCCGUCUCUUAGGGGUGGUGUCCAAAGGGCAGCCCACCUUGGUGGUCAUGGAACUGAUGGCCCAUGGAGACCUGAAGAGCUACCUGCGGUCUUUGCGCCCAGAGGCAGAGAACAACCCCGGCCGGCCGCCCCCGACCCUCCAGGAGAUGAUCCAGAUGGCGGCGGAGAUCGCUGACGGCAUGGCAUACCUCAAUGCCAAAAAGUUUGUCCACAGAGACCUGGCGGCCCGGAACUGCAUGGUGGCGGAAGACUUCACUGUCAAAAUUGGAGAUUUCGGAAUGACGAGGGAUAUCUAUGAGACGGACUAUUACCGCAAGGGAGGGAAAGGCCUGCUGCCCGUUCGGUGGAUGGCCCCGGAGUCCCUGAAAGAUGGCGUCUUCACAGCCUACUCGGACGUGUGGUCCUUUGGCGUCGUCCUGUGGGAGAUCAACAGCCUGGCGGAGCAGCCCUACCAGGGUCUCUCCAAUGAGCAAGUCCUGAAGUUUGUGAUGGACGGCGGGUGUCUGGAGCAGCCGGAAAAUGGCGCAGAGCGGCUCCACAACCUCAUGCAGAUGUGCUGGCAGUACAACCCUAAGAUGCGCCCCUCCUUCACCGAGAUCAUUGAGAUGCUGAAGGAGGACCUCCACCCCACCUUCCGCGAGGUCUCCUUCUUCUACAGCGAGGAGAACAAGCCACCGGAGACAGAGGAGUAUGAGCUGGACUUUGAGAACAUGGAGAGCAUCCCGCUGGACCCGGCCUCCUACACGCAGCGGGAUGAGAUCCUGGGCCGGGACAGCAGCCCCUCGCUGGGCCUGAAAGGGAACUAUGAGGAGCACAUCCCUUACACCCACAUGAACGGGGGCAAGAAGAACGGGCGCAUCCUCUCCAUGCCCCGCUCCAGCCCCUCCUAACCCCCAGCCGCCCACCGGGCUGCCUUCCGCUUCUCUACGUCAAUCUCAGGACUCGCAGUAUUGCUGACACAAAAUGUGUACGGAGAUAACAUGGACUCGCUUUCUAUUCAGAUUUUUUAAUCAUCAGAAGAUUAAAAUGGACGCAGGGCGGGAGGGGGGAGGCGGGGGGAGGGAACGGAGGUCUUCUUGUGUGUUUCUGUUUCGUUUUGUUUUCCCCUUGGUGCAAAAAGUGGACGUGCCUGUCAGCUGAAUUUCUUCUGCCUGUGAAACACAAAUGGACGAUUCUGUGGCUGCUGAAUUCUCCCUCUGCGCUGCUGCUCCCUUCGGAAGGAGGAAGGGUUUUGCUUCGGCCCCGUCGUCAUCGUUUCCGUCAGAACCAGAAGCACUUCUUCUCUGGACGGCUUCUUUGGAAGGGCAAAAGCCCCGCCUCUUAACUUUCCGAACGGGUCCUCAAGCUGCGUCCAACACAGACUCUCCUUUCUCUUGUCUUUUUAUCCCUCUGAUUUGACCAAUCGUUGCUGCUUUUUUUUUUCUUAAUGAGUUAAACCAUGUGUGUGUGAAUGAGCGUGUGUGCGCAAUCGCGGGGUUUCUGUGGAAAGCGGGUGAGCCUUCUUUUUUGUACAUAACAGUUUUAUCUCUUCUAUGGAAUGCGUGUGUGGUCUGCCUUUUGCUCUCCUCUUCCCCCCUCUCCACAUCCCUGGAGCGAAUGAAUUCUGAAUAUAGAUUAUUUUUAUAUCCACAAACUCUCGGGAACGGGGCUCUUUGUCCCCACGCGGUUCAACCAAACGAGGUCGCCAAAGCAGUCGCCGAGGUCUUGUCCGGGUUUUUUUUGUAGAGGCUAAGCCAAACACAAUUCUCACAGUUUGCAAUCAUUGUCGGGUCUGUCUGUGCGUGCGUUUUGCGUGUUUCCGUGCCGUGACAUAUUUGAAUUGUAGCGAGCCUCCCUAUACAUUAUUGGUCCGCAUUUUCUCUGGGUUCCUUUGAGGGGUCCGUAGAAAGUCUCUUGAGCAGAACGGAGGGUACGUUUUUAACGCCAAGGAGUUGCCGGAACUCUUUUAAUAAUCUGAGCGUGUGUUGCACGUGUGUGUGCCCACAUUGACGUUGUGAAAGAUUGUAUCCUCCUUCACACCCCAAAGGAGUUGGCAGGUUGGAGGCAAAGCCUUCAGGCAGGCCGUCUUUUCUGUGUUGAUUUGUGGUUUCUUCCCUCCAUCCUUUGCCCCUUUUCUUCUUCUUUUUUUUUUUUUUUUUGGGGGGGGGGGGUCUAAUGUGCCUUCCAGACAGUGCCAGGGAAACAGACCUGGAGCUUGGGAGAGUUUGUUUUCUCCAGAUUUUGUAAGUCCAGAAAGAGCCUUUGUUUUUUCCUGCAUCUGAGCCUCUCUGCUUCGAGGGUUGUUCUGAGAGGCAUCGCUUAUUUAUACCGGUAGCCUUCCAUCUCCCAGUGCCUCUAAUUUCAGGUGGGUCGGUUGUGUGCAAAUAAGCCCUCCUUUCGGACCAUCUCUCUUUCCAUUUUCCUUCACGGAGAGCCGGAAAGGUCUUGCUCCCUCUCUUUGGACAUUUCUGUAUUUUUAAAUAAUUUCAUAAUUUCCAGAUAUAGGAAAAAAAAGGUGACUCGCCCUCUUCCCCUUUCCUUCCUUUGUGCCCCCCAAAUCCACAAACAUUUCACGUGUUCACCUCCGCUAUCUAACUCACGAGGCCGCAUCUUUGCACUUUCCUGAAUAAGCUUUUUUUUGUUUUGUUUUUUUGAGAAAUUAGUUCCGUAUAAUGUGAAUCGUUGCUAGGAAAGGAAGGAAAACAAACAAACAAUUGCUCUAAAACUACGGAAGGUUCUUGUUUUUUUGAUGGAAAAGCUGUGUUCGAAAAUGUACAGGCUUUUAAAGAGAAAAGGAAAGACUCCCCAAAGCUUUCUCGGUUUCCCUUUGGAAAGUCUUUCAUCUAAUUUACCUUUAUGGAAAGAGGGAAAGGAAGGCAAAGCUGGCCGAGGUGGGUGUUUUCAGUUUCUGGGAGGAAAUGGCACAGAAAUCCGACAAAACCAAUGCCCUGAGGUCUCUCUCUCAACAUCCUUUUUUUGUAAAGCAGGCAAAACCUCUUCUGUCCCGUCUGGGCCUAGCAAAAGGGGGAAUCUUGUGGGAAAACGGGGGAUCUUUUUGCCCCGUAUUUUUGUUGCACAAACCCUCUCUUUGUCCUUUGAGCUUUCGGGCAAGCAACCGCCAAGGUGAGGAUCUUUGCCUUUGGGUUCAGUGGCCUUAAAGUGAUUUGGAUAUUAUGUGCCUUGUCCCCCUCUUUCCCUCCAGCAGACCCUCAAGAAAAACCCAAUAUGGGAUUUCCUGCAACUGCUUUCCUUGAGGUUCUGAGUUUUUGAUCUUUGCGGAGUUUUCGUAUCCAGUUCUGGUCAAGGUGACCCUUUACCCCCUUCUCUCUUCUCCAGCAUUUGCUCCGGUUGUUGGUUUUAUCCGGACAGCCAAAGCUCUCAAUCACUCCUUGAUUUCAGAGACAUUUUUUUCACCUUUGAUGCUCAUCCGACGGUUGAUUCUCUAAUGAUAGAAAAGGUUUUCAAUACUUCUUUGGGGAGAAAGAAAUGCUGGAGGAAGAUAGGAGUUUACUUUUUUGGGACCCUCAAAACAUUGUACACCUUUGAUUCUCAUCCAACAAUUGAUUCUUUCAUGAUCGAAAAGGUUUGGGGACCCUCAAGACAUUGAUCACCUUUGAUGCUCAUCUGAUGGUUGAUUCUCUAAUGAUCAAAAAGGUUUCAGUACUUUGGAGAGAGAGAAAUAAUGGAAGAAGAUAGGAGUCUACUUUUUUGGGACCCUCAAAACAUUGUACACCUUUGAUUCUCAUCCAACAAUUGAUUCUUUCAUGAUCGAAAAGGUUUGCAAUACUUCUUUGGGGAGAAAGAAAUGCUUGAGGAGUAUAGGAGUCCACUUUGGGGGACCCUUGAAACAUUGUUCACUUUUGAUGCUCAUCCGACACUUGAUUCUCUAAUGAUUUAAAAGAAUUGCAAUACUUCUUUGGGGAGAAAGAAAUGCUGAAGGAAGUUAGCAGUCUGCUUUUUGGAGACCCUCGAAACAUUGUUCACCUUUGAUGCUCAUCCAAACGUUGAUUCUGUAAUGAUCGAAAAGGUUUCAAUACUUUUUUGGGCAGAAAUAAAUGCUGGAGGAAGAUAAGCGUCCACUUUUGGUGACCCUCGAGACAUUGUUUACCUUUGAUGCUCAUCCGAUGAUUGAUUCUCUAAUGAUCAAAAAAGCUUUUCAAUACUUCGAGGAGAAAAAUGCUAGAGGAAGAUAGCCCGCUUUUUGGGGGCCCUCAAAACAUUGCUCACCUUUGAUGUUUAUCCAGUGGUAGAUUCUCUAAUGAUCAAAAAGGUUUGCAAUACUUCUUUGGGGAGAAAGAAAUGCUGGAGGACGAUAGGAGCCCCUCUUUUUGGGGAAUCGGAAAAUGGGAACCCUUGAGCAAAAGGUUGGAAGGUUUUGACAACGAAAACAAGGGGGUGGGGGAAAUACCUCUCAAAGGAUCAAACCUACUUUGUGCCAUGGUUUGUUUGGUUUUUUUAACUUGUUUUCGGAAUGGGGCGAUGGAUGGGGAAAGACACCCACUUGAUUUAUUUUCCUUUAAUUUUUUUUCUUUUCAUUGCUUUGAUAUAACGAGCCAAGCCGUGAUGUGUUCAGAGAGUAUCUUUGAAUCUAUCUCUCUCUCUCGCUAUAUAUAUAUAUAUAUAUAUAUAUAUAAAUUUAAAAGUGGAAAACUUGCUGUGUGUAAAAUAUUGAACAAUUAACUGUUUAUAUUAGGGAAGAAAAUUCUGAAUAAAUUAUCCAAUAAUA